CUGGCUGAAAGACCAAGAGCGCUGUCCAAAGAGCCACACCCCCUCCCCAGCAGAGGAGUAGCCACCGCCGUCAACACCCGAAGCCCCAGCAGCAGCAGGACAAACUGCCAGUCACAAGGCACCUUGAGAAUUUCAGCCUCCUGGAAGGGAAAGGAGAUCUCUUGGAGGGUGGAGCCAGCGGGUCCCAAGAUUCCCGCAGGUGAAAACACACUUAAGACUCCCUGGGGCUGAGACAGAGGGGAAAAGACUCAGGAUCUGAACCCAUCACGGUUUCUGUCUUGCCCUCCUGUUCACGUAUCAUCUGCUAGCGGCAAACGUGGGGAGCCUGGCCGCGGCUGGGGUCCCAUCACCCCUCCCCACUCACCAUCCUUCCGGAACUCUUCCCUCAUCGGAUCUUUUUCCACUGGCUCUAGGAUGCCGAUGUCUCCUGUCUUCGCCUGCCUCGCGCUGGGCGUGGCCCUCAUCUUUGGUGAAGGGUCUGCCUCCUACCAUCACCAGUCUCCGGCGGCCCACCUCGCCGCAGACUUUGGAGUGAAAGUGUUUCAGCAGGUGGUGCAGGCCUCCAAGGACCUCAACGUGGUUUUCUCACCCUAUGGGGUAGCCUCAGUCAUGGCCAUGUUACAGCUGACCACAGGAGGAGAAACGCAGCAGCAGAUCCAAGAGGCGAUGCAAUUCAAGAUUGAUGAGAAGGGCAUGGCCCCUGCCCUCCAUCAACUGUACAAGGAGCUCAUGGGGCCAUGGAAUAAGGAUGAGAUCAGCACGGCUGAUGCCAUCUUUGUGCAGCGGGAUCUGAAGCUGGUCCAGGGUUUCAUGCCCCACUUCUUCAGGCUGUUCCAGACCACAGUCAAGCAGGUGGACUUCUCAGAGACAGAGAGAGCCAGGUUCAUCGUCAACGACUGGGUGAAAAGACACACAAAAGGCAUGAUCAGCGACCUACUUGGCGAAGGGGCUGUGGACCAGCUGACACGCCUGGUACUGGUAAACGCCCUCUACUUCAACGGCCAGUGGAAGAUGCCUUUUCUAGAGUCGAGCACCCACCACCGCCUCUUCCACAAGUCCGAUGGCAGCACUGUCUCUGUGCCCAUGAUGGCUCAGACCAACAAGUUCAACUACACUGAGUUCACCACCCCCGACGGCCAUUACUACGACAUCCUGGAAUUGCCCUACCAUGGGAACACUCUCAGCAUGUUCAUUGCUGCCCCCUAUGAAAAAGAGGUGCCUCUCUCUGCCCUCACCAGCAUUCUGGAUGCCCAGCUCAUCAGCCAGUGGAGAGGGAACAUGACCACACUGACCCGCCUCCUGGUUCUGCCCAAGUUCUCCCUGGAGAGUGAAAUUGACCUCAGGAGGCCCCUGGAGAACUUGGGAAUGACCGACAUGUUUAGGCCAAACCAGGCAGACUUCUCAAGACUUUCAGAUCAAGAGCUUCUGUACGUGUCGCAGGCGCUGCAGAAAGUGAAGAUUGAGGUGAAUGAGAGCGGCACGGUGGCGUCCUCCUCCACAGCCCUUACAGUCUCAGCCCGAAUGGCCCCCGAGGAGAUCAUCAUGGACAGACCCUUCCUCUUCGUGGUGCGGCACAACCCCACAGGAACUGUCCUUUUCAUGGGCCAAGUGAUGGAACCCUGACCAUGGGAAAUGCAGCCCUCAUCUGGGACGGAACUGGAGAUGUCCAAGAAGAAGAAACUCCGGAGCAAAGAAUUUUUAUUUUAAUUCAUUUUUCUGGAGAAAGAGAAGAUAUUUAUCUUUUUUUUUUUUUUUUAAUGGUAAAUCUUUCGAAUCUGUCUCUUAGACCUCCGGCUCUCCCAGGAGGGGGAAAGAGGACCUUUGAGUUAAACUCCCCAGCGGAGACCCUGGGAGAGACUUCAGAAGCGCAAUGCCCCGAAGGUCUCCCAACAAGACUGCAGAACUCCCAGGAUCAUUUGCGCGGCUGCUUCAGCCCAUCGCUCUGCCCGUUCGGGUCUUCGGACCUGGAUCCCCCUGAGGCCCUGGCAGGAGGCGCCGCAAGGCUUACAGGAAGGAGCUUUUGUGUGUUUGCUAGAAAUAAUUUGUGUUCCGGUCACGUUGCCGUCACUCUUGCACUGUCUGCCGCUGCUGAGAAAGCUGGCUGCAGGCCAAAGAAGGCCAAUGGGAGAAACACCCUUUCAUGUCAAGGUCCGUCCUCCCCCAGCUCAGAGGCACGAGACCCACCCAGGCCUGGCUGCUCCCUCCCCAGAAACAGCGUGCAUAUAUUAUUUUGGAGUGUAGGUGACUUGUUUACUCAGAGAAGCAGCUUCCUGCUUCCCACAAACUUUAUGUUGCAGAAAUAGAGGGAGAGAGAUGAGAUUUAUGCCUCGUUCUUGGCGCCAAUAUCCUGGUGGGGAGGGUGGGAUGCCAGGGGUGUCCUUGAGCAUUUAUCACAUCCUUGUCCUUGUGUGCUUGUGAGAGAGAAAGGACUAUGGAGAAAACCUAUUAUUUAAACUUGUUCAUAGUGUUCCUUUGUGGUCUGUGUCAUUGCACCUCAGGAGUGGCCACUUUCCUGUCAUUCCCCUCCUGGCAGCGGGAGCGAUAGGGCCCACACUGCCACCUGGUGGCUGCCCGAAUCCCAUCGCUCCUCUCCUGGCCUUUCCACUCCGUGGAGCAGGACCCCUGCCAGGACUGUCCAACUUCAGCCCACGUUAGGGACCAAAAGGAUGUGGUGGGUGAAGGCAGACAGAGCUGUUGUUUCAAAAUUUUCCAAUAUACUUAGGAGCAGGAGUGCAAGGGGCUACACGACCUAGCAGGACAGAACUUUCCCCAAUUACAUGGUGACUCACAGCCGCAUUGGUGACUCACUUCAGUGUGUCAUUUCCGGCUGCUGUGUGUGAGCUGUGGACACGUGAGAGAGAGAGAGAGAGAGACAGAGAGAGAGAAUGAGAGAGACAGCAAGAAGCUCGGGCUCAAUUACCCCCGUUAGAUAAUCUUUCUGAAAGCCAACUAGCUGGUGGGUAAGGCAAGAAGACCAAUGUAUUGAAGAAUUGCACGUAGGCGUCGAAUGAAUGUAACCUAACAGAACCCUAAUCAUCCCACUGCGCCCCUCAGUGAAAAAUCUUCGUUCUUUGUGUGUUUUUGUUCUUUUUUCAUGAUGCACUGGACAAUGAGAGCCACACACAGUACCCUCAAGGAUACCCAAACGUGGGGUCCAACGUUCCUGAAAGUGUGGUGAAUUCUAUGCUUUUUCACUUUUGAUAUAGAAGCAGCUAAAAAAUGUUUUUUUUAAAUAAUAAAAAUACUCCAAAAUCGUC